UGUCAUGCACAAAGCAUCAAAUCUACAGCCGCAUGAAUGAAACAGCAUGCAACUCCAUGCACGAUCAAAUAAGCAUGCCUCUGAGCGCCAACAGAAACGAAACGCAUGCAAUUUAGGGCAUGCAAUUAGAUAUAAGUGUGAUGUGGCACGCAGGUAAUCCACUUUUGUCAUGGACUUGAGCUCUUUUUGUCCCCGGAUUGAACUGUCAUGGCUGCCGUACACUGUUGACUGAUCCUGACUGGACUGCUGGAGGCGGAAAAGCAGUGGGUCUGUAUAGCCAACAUGAAUGGGGUCAAUGCCAACCCUCACACUCAGGUUGAAAAGGAGGAAACGGGCAUUUGGCACAAACGCCUGCGUCUCAGGAAAACCUCCUUUUCUGAUCAAAACACUGUGAAGGAGGAGAACAAUGUUACUACAUGUGAAGAGAAAGCAACAGGGGAGUCCAAGAAACGAGCGCUGAACACUUUCACCUGCUCCACAUGCAACGACGGCAUCUCCUUUAAACCUGGAGAAUUAAUCACGCACUUUAAGGUCAUCCAUGGAGGCGAAGGAAACCCACCGAUGUUUCCAUGCAGCAUGUGUGAUUUCUCCACAUCAGUGUUUAUUACGCUUCAGAAACACCGAAUGAAACACAAGGACUGUUUGUUUACUUGUGAUAGUUGUGAAGAUGACGUUCAGCAAACAUUGCCUCAACUAAUCAAACAUAUUCAAACACAUCACUCCCUCGAUGGCCAAUUCUACUGUACCAAAUGCAAACUCUCUAUGCAGGAAAUUGAGCAGUUUGUGUGUCAUUCUUGUCCACAACCAGUCAAAAGCAAGCAUGAAGAAAGCAUCACUAAUGGUGUGAAGUUGGAGACGCCACAGAAAAACGAUCUCCUACAACACAUGGCUGCUGCGUGUCGGCGAAAAUGGAGCCGAAGAAAUUGGUGGAAAAAGCGAGAAUCUUCUUCAAAAGAAGAAAACAAUAACUUAUCCCAGGAGUUGAAGCUUCUGCAUCCUAAACCAGAACCCAAAUGGCCGUCCACUUUACUGGACACCAAUGGCAUCUUAGUGGAUCCAGAGAAGACUUUGGAAGAAACGAAGCAGUUUCUUGAAAGAACGGUUGUUAGUGGUAAGAAGUGGAGCAUGUCUCUAAAAGAUGAGCAGGACUUUGCUCCCCCACAUUUAAAUGGGAUAAACCAUUGGCGUGUUGGGAAAGAUAAGAUAUCCGGACUGAUGGAGAAAAACAAUAUAACCGUUCCCCCAGAUUGCACUACGAAAGUGGUCGGAUUCAAGAUGGUGGACGGCAAAAAGCAUUUAGUCCUCAGAGUCAUUCCUUCAGACAAGCAAGAUGAGGCGUUCAGAUCUAACACUGUGAAACCAACCAAUCAAUCUUCGGUUGAGCCAAACGACACUGUUAAAGCUUCAGGAAACUGUUCUCAGGGGACUCCGGAAAGGAUUUUAUCCCCGGGACGAUGUGCAACUCAACAUAGCAUUUCAUCGUCAGUGAUUGAGAGAUGUAAUAGCCAACAACAAGAUGUCUACGAUAACCGGGACUUCAAUAACCUCCAACAUAAUCCAGUCAGAAAGACCAAAACAACCAAUCUACGGUCCUGUGAUGAAAUAAACACUCAUGCAGAACAUCCAAAAGAGCAAGAAAAGCCUCUCAGUGGGUCAGAGCAAAACUCUAAUGAGGAUCUGAGCUCUGAUGUGGGAUCUGCGCAAGAGAAACGCGACCUGGCAUUGGAUCCAAAUGCAGAUCUGUGCUCCACUUUUGGGUUUGAUUGCAUUAGUCCAUCUUUGAAUAACCUGAGCGAGUCAUUGUGUGGUUUUCAAAGUGCAGAUGGAGGAUUGUUAUUCCACAGCGAAAGCACAAACAACUGCGACCCCAGAGAGGCUGCUGUGUUCCCGGUGGGUCAGUAUGACUGCGAGAGGGAGAAUCUGUGUGUUUCAGAGCUGAAUCAGACGGUGGAGGAGCUGCCUUUGACUACAGUCAGACACUUACUGGAUGAGUCUUCAAGUUCGGAUGAACCACAGAGAGACUCAGCAUGCACUGGAGGAACAAUCGAGCGACAUGAGCCAGAAAACACCAGCAUCAUCUUCUCUGAGGAUUCAGACUCGUCCACAACUGUUCCUGAGUCAGCCGCCGGCUCCAUUUCAUCACUAAACAGAAAGCGCAUGGGAGAAGAAUCCUCAACAGACUCCCAACAACAACCCGUCAGUAAAUCCCCAAAGCCAUCCAUUCUCCAUUGGGAACCGGCGUCUCGAGACACUCCGACAACCCUUCGACUGAUUCCCUUCAAUUCCACACAAUCCCUCAAAAUCCCUGCUGAGAACCAACCCGUUAUAGUCCUCAACCAUCCAGAUUCUGAUAUCCCCGAAGUGACGAACAUCAUGAAAGUCGUGCACAAACACAAAGCUGCGAUCCAGCGUGUGGUUUUGUCUCGUAAAACUCUCCGUGCGCUGUCGGAGUUUAAUUGCAAUGCAUUCAUUUCAACGAAUCUCCUCACCAGUUAUCACUAUAGGAGGGAAUGGCCAAAUAGCAGCGUUAAGGAGAGAUUCAGCUUGAAACUGAGACUCAAAAGAGUGCGUGGAAGAAAGUAUACCGUGGUGCCGACGCUAUCAGAAAGCGCUGUUCUGCAGCCGACGUUCACAUGCUGGUUUUGCGGGCGUGUUUUCAGGAAUCAAGAAGCUUGGGUUGGACACGGACAGAGACAUCUGACUGAAGCCACCAGAGGCUGGAAGCAGAUCUUCAACACAUAGAAGACCUGAAUCAGAGAGUUAGACGUUUAUAAAUGCAGUGAGAGCUAAAAUCAGGGUUACUAUGCUAAUCUCAGGGCGAGAAAAUGUGCAAAUGUCAGGAUCUUUAUUUUAGUGUUGCAAAAAAAGAGCUUGUUUCUAGUCCAAAUAUCAAAACAUUCUCAUUUUUAUACAAGCAGUUAAUAUUGUGUUGUUUUCUGAAGUGAUGAGUCAAAAUGAAGUGAGUUUUGCAUUAAAAUGAGCUAAAUAGUCUUCCAUUAGGGUAAGCAAAAUAGUCUUAUGUCAAAAAGAAAACUAGAUUCUUUUACUCACCCCAUUGGCAGAUUAUUUUGCUUGUUUUAAGGAAAAACUCACUUAAUUUUGACUCAUUAUUUAUGAAAACAACACAAUAUGUUCUGCUUGUCUAGUAAAUACUUCUUGAUUGAAAGAGUUUUAGGUAUUUGGACUGGAAUCAAGCUUUAUUUGCAGUGUUUAUAAUAACACAAUCGCUUAAAGGCAUUUAGGCUGGAAAUUGAUAUGACUGAAUAAUUAUAUUGUCGAGAAUGCAUUAUUUAUUUUCACUAUCGCUUUAUUUUUGACUGUCAUUUUGACACAUUUUGCUGACUACAAGUUAUAGUGCCAGCUAUUUCUUGUUGGAAUAUUAGCAGAUAGUUUGCUUAUUGUUUGCUGAUAUUUCUUAUCUAACACACAUCCUGCUUAUUAUAAGAAACAUUGCAAGUACAUGUCAAUGUAUAGUAAUCCCAACGCUUCAAUGCAAAAAAAAAAGACUUUGUUUUUG